GUCAGCAUCAUCUUCUCGCUUUCAAUUGCACCAAUUCAUCUAAUUAAUUCAAUCAAUCUUUUUGUGUAACAAUUCUAAUAGUAAUUUAUCUAUACACAGAUUCAGCAGCAAAUGUCUGGCGUGUCCGUGGGCUUGUCUCCGGCCUCUUCGGGAGGAGGGGUGAUGGGGUCCCUCCGCGUGAUCGAGCUCCAGCUGGUGGCGUUCAUCAUGAUCUUCUCCGCGAGCGGCCUCGUCCCCCUCCUCGACCUCGCCUUCCCGGCCCUCGCCUCGGCCUACUUCGUCGUGCUCUCGCGCCUCGUCUUCCCGGCCCCGUCCUCCGCGGCGCCUGGGAAGUCGCCCGAGAUCUUCCAGGGCGGCCGCCUCUUCCGCGCGUACGUCGUGGCGGGGACCACCGUGGGGCUGUUCCUGCCGCUGGCGUACGCGCUGGGGGGGUUCGCCCGGGGAGACGACCACGCGGUGCGGUCCGCGACGCCGCACUUGUUCCUCUUGUCGUUCCAGAUUUUGACGGAGAAUAUUGUGAGUGGCUUGUCGCUCUUCUCGGCGCCGGUGAGGGCGCUCGUGCCAAUUAUGUACACCGUGCGCCGGAUCUUCGUGGUGCUUGAUUGGAUCAAUGAUGUUUGGGUCAACAAGACCCUCCCUGCUAACGCGGAUUUCGAUGAUGUGGGGUGGUUCUGGUUCGGGAGGGGUUUGGCAGUGUUGAAUAUGGCGUAUUUCUCGGUGAAUUUGUUUUGCUUUCUAAUUCCGAGGUUUUUGCCGAGGGCGUUUGAGAGGUAUUUUAAAGAGAGAGACGCCGAGACACUUUCCAAAUCCGCUCAUGAUAAAUUCAAGGCUGCAUCACCCAAAUCCGACACAAAGGCUGAUUGAUUCCAUCAUAAUCUCUCUCUCUAUUUUGGUGGUAAGAAUUUCUAUGUGUGUGUGUGAGGGUUGCAUUGUAAGUUUGUAGUUUGGUUCUGGCGACUAAUCAAUGUAAGUAGAUGCAUAUGUAUUUUGGUCCCAUUUGGUUGGUUGUUUUGAAUUAACUAGCCUUUUUCUUUCUUGAA